CUAAUUUACCAAAUUGCCCCUCUUUUUGAAUUCCCUUUCUACAUACUCUGUUUCUCUCUCACUUCUCUUCUUCUUCUUCUUCUUCUUCUUCUUCUUCCUCCAAUUCGUUCUGAAAGUUCAGAGAAUGAAACCCAUUGAAAAAUAAGAAGAAAUUCGAAGUGAAAACUCAGAAAAUUUGAGGGAGUUUGAGGGAUAUUUAAAAAAACGAAAUGGGUUCUUCAUAAACGACGAAACAGAGGAGUUUGAAUCUCAUAAAAAAAAAUCUAAGAACAAUCAUGGGGUUUCUUAAUUCCGCCAUUUUUAUGUUCUUCGUAGCUUCCUUUUUAUUUUCUCAACUUGUUUAUGGAAAUUCCGAAGUGAAAGCGCUGAUGCAGUUGAAGGCAUCUCUAGACCCAGAAAACAGAGUAUUGAAGUCAUGGACGAUCGACAGCGACCAUUGCAGCGGUGCGUUCGACGGCGUGGCUUGCAACGAGCAUCGGAAAGUAGCCAACAUAUCAUUACAAGGACGAGGGCUCUCUGGCACAGUGUCGCCGGCGGUAGCGGAGCUGAAAUGUCUUUCUGGACUGUUCUUGCAUUACAACAAUUUGUCUGGAGAGAUUCCCAGAGAGAUUUCGAGCUUAACUGAACUUGCUGAUCUUUAUCUCGAUGUUAACAGCUUCACCGGAAACAUCCCUGAAGAGAUCGGAAACAUGUCUAAUCUGCAAGUGUUACAGAUUUGUUGCAACAAAUUGAGUGGAAAAAUCCCACCACAGAUUGGAUCAUUGAAGAAGCUAACAGUUCUUGCUUUACAACACAACAGAUUAAGCGGCGAAAUCCCUAAAUCCAUUGGAAGCUUAGAAAUGCUUAAAAGACUUUAUUUAAGCUUCAAUAACUUCACCGGCACAAUUCCGUUCAAAAUAUCAACAAUUCCCCAGCUGGAAGUUCUUGACGUCAAGAACAACUCCCUCUCCGGCCACGUCCCUGCCGGUUUGAGAAGAUUAAAUGAAGGGUUUCAAGGAGAAAACAAUCCUGGUUUAUGUGGAAAUGGGUUUAUAACAGUGAGAAAUUGUACCGUUUUUGACAAUGAAAACAUCAAAGGAGAAGGGUUUCCGCCAUUUUUAUCAGAACCAAACGCUACCGCUCAAAGGGACAUCCCGGAAUCUGCUGACUUCUCCAAUGCCAAAUGCAAUCAAUUUCAUUGCUCAAAAAAUCCCAGAAGAGUUCCAAAAAUUGUUGUUGUUUCUGCUGUUCUUAUCAUCUCUGUGAUCUUCUUAGUGUCUGUGAUCCUCUCUCUGUUUUGGUACCGUCGUCGUAAACAGAAGAUCGGUAACUCAUCGGCUUCGUGCGACGAUCGGCUCAGCAUGGAUCAGGCUCGAGAGCUCUACUCGAAGAGUGCUUCGCCGUUGGUGUGUCUUGAGUAUUCUCAUGGAUGGGAUUCACUGGCUGAUGGGAUCAAAGGAUUGGGAUUGUCUCAGUAUCUUAGUAAGUUUAUUUUCAAUAUUGAAGAGGUUGAAUCUGCUACUCAGUACUUCUCUGAGGCUAAUUUGGUUGGUAGAAGCAGUUUUUCAAUGGUUUAUAAAGGAGUUUUGAAGGAUGGUUCAUCUGUAGCCAUUACGAGUAUUAGUAUGACUAGUUGCAAGUCCGAUGAAGCCGAGUUUCUUCGCGGAUUGAACUUGUUGAGCUCUCUACGACACGAAAAUCUCGUUAGUUUGCGAGGCUUCUGUUGUUCGAGGGGUCGAGGUGAGUUCUUCCUCGUAUACGAUUUUGCCUCGAGAGGGAGCUUGUCUCGGUAUUUGGACGUCGAAGAUGGUAGCAGCCAUGUUCUUGAUUGGUCUAAGAGAGUUUCUAUAAUCAAUGGCAUUGCAAAAGGCAUUGCAUAUUUACAUCGCCAAGAAGUAGACAAACCGGCCAUGGUACACAAAAACAUAUCCGUUGAGAAGAUUCUCAUCGAUCAUCAGUUCAAUGCGUUGAUCUCGAACACUGGCAUCUCUGGACUCCUUGCUGAUGACAUUAUCUUUUCAUCACUCAAAACGAGUGCAGCCAUGGGAUAUCUCGCACCUGAAUACAUUACGAUCGGUCGUUUUACUGAGAAGAGUGAUAUAUACGCAUUUGGGGUCGUUAUAUUUCAAAUUCUUUCUGGGACUCGAAAACUUUCAACGUCUCUUCUAUUGGAAGCCGAAGUUUGCAAAUUCGAGGAUUUUAUCGAUAAGAAUCUGAAGGGAAACUUCUGUGUAGCCGAAGCUACCAAGCUAGCCAAUCUUGCACUGUCAUGUACCAAUGAGCUGCCCCUCAACAGGCCAACCAUUGAAGAAUUGAUAAAGGAGCUAACCAAAACUUAGUUACCUUUAUUGUGGUUCUCUCUCGGGCCGACGAUGAUCGAACCGAGCUCCAUUGUUGGAAGCUUCAAUCUUCUUCUGCAAACUGAGAUGCAUAUUGAUAAGGAAGAAGAACAUGUAAAUGUGGAAAAUCUUUGUAUAAUAACAUCAGUUGGCUACAUCUUCCAUUUA